AUGAAGUUAAAGACUCUUCAGGGGCACUUGGAGGACUUAAAAGGGUUUACUAAACCAAAGAUUCAAUAUGAACAGUAUGAGACACCAGCACACUUAGCAGCUUCUGCCCUUUACACCAUACAGACCCAAUUUGAGUCAAUAGAAAACUGUACAGUGUUAGAUGCAGGGUGUGGCCCAGGAAUAUGGGGGAUUGGUGCAGCUCUCCUUGGAGCUAGUAUUGUGACGGCUGUUGAUAUUGAUGAUGAUGUACUUCAGAUCUUUAAAGAAAAUGUAGAAGAAAUGGAAAUCACAAAUAUUGAUGCUAUACAGUGUGAUUUUCUUGAAUCUAAUGUAUGCAGAUGGGAGAGUUAUUUUGACACGGUACUGAUGAACCCACCUUUUGGCACCAAGAAUAAUACUAGUAUUGACAUGAAGUUCCUACGCAUGGGUACACUCCUCAGUUGUGAUAGUGUUUACUCAUUGCACAAGUCCUCUACAAGGCGUCAUAUAGAGAAAAAGAUAGAGGACUGGGGAAUGAAAGGCAGUGUUAUAGCCGAAAUGAAAUUUCUUUUACCGGCAACCUAUAGGUUUCAUAGAAAGAAUUCUAUGGAUAUAGCGGUUGAUCUAUGGCGGCUACACCACCCUCACUCGUGA